GAUUAUCAUGAUCAAUUUGUUGACAUUUUAGAAAUGCACCAGAUGACGUUUAUUUUGUUUAUUUUCAAACGAAACCAAACUAAACAUUAUUUAAAAAGUACAUUGUUAGUGAACGUAUUUUAUGGAUAUUUUUAAGGAAUUUAGUAUGACUUUUAAAAGAGUGCACAGCCCUCGAACCUUCCUACAAUCACCUCCUAAAAUAUGGGUGUUUUUAGUAAAAUCUAUGUAGAAAGAAAAAAUAAUAUGUGGAUAAUUGGAGACCUGUUUCCCCCCUACAGUUUUCCGGGGUUCUUCAGUGCUUUCGUACUGUGCAUUUUAAGUUUUUAUAUUUUUAAGAAACUAAGUGGAGAUGGGAACAUAACUGUGAGAGGAGCUGUGAAAGGACAUAGCUGGACUUCGGUUCAGAUAACUGCUAAGACUUGGUACUGUUCUGUAUGUGAAUCAUUGUUACUGAAUGGAAUUGGUGUUUAUUGUGACUGUUGCGGAGUGUGUGCAGAUCCAGAUUGUGUGAAGAAAGCGAAUUUUGCAUUAAAAUGUAAGAUUAUUACCAGCAAUGACCAGAAUCAAUUACAUCAUUGGGUUAAAGGUAAUUUACCCUUUGGAGCCAAUUGUAAACAUUGCUUAGAGGAAUGUUCCAGGGACCCUGGUCUAGUGGAUUUUAGAUGUUGCUGGUGUCAAAUGACAAUUCACACCGAAUGUUUGCUAAAAGUAGAAAAAGUCUGUGAUUUUGGACCUUUCAGAAGAAUGAUAGUUCCUCCUUGGUGUGUCCAGACAGCUAAACGUAAAGGAGCUUUAAACAAGCAUUUACUAUUGAGAGGUGUGCGGGAUCCUUGUUGGGAAAAGUGGACACCCUUAGUCGUAGUGGCCAAUAAAAAGUCUGGAAAUGGAGAUGGGGCAUUAGUAUUAUCAGAAUUUCGAAAGUACUUAAAUCCUGUGCAGGUUAUAGAUUUGAGCGAAAGAAAACCCCCAGCAGCUUUGCAGUGGUGUGUUCUUUUAUCCCCAAAGACGGUCAAUAUUUUGGUUGCUGGUGGGGAUGGUACUGUCUCCUGGAUGCUGAGUACUUCCCAUAAACUAGAUCUUGAUCCUGAGCCUUUGUUGUCUAUAAUUCCUUUGGGAACUGGCAAUGAUUUGUCCAGGGUUUUAAAUUGGGGACAUCAGAAUUCAUCAGAGUUAGAUGUUGAAGAGGUUCUGAAAAAUAUCAUCGAUGCCAAAGUGUCAGAACUUGACAGAUGGAAAGUGGAAGUUAUAUCGAAUAGACAUUUAGGCUUAAAACUACCUAAUAAAACCUACUUUAUGUAUAACUAUGCAAGUAUCGGUGUGGAUGCGCAAGUUGCACUGAAUUUUCAUAAAACUAGGGAUAGUAUUUUUUACAUAUAUGGGAGCAGGCUGUUUAACAAGAUGUUAUAUUUAACUUUUGGAACUCAACAAGUGGUUACAGCAGAUUGCAAAAAUCUCGAAAAAAUACUGGAUCUGUAUCUAGAUGGUAAACAUAUCGACCUACCGGAGUUGGAGUCCAUAGUUAUUUUAAACAUUUCUUCGUGGGGAGCAGGAGUCAAUCUUUGGAGUAUGGUCAGCGACAGCUCAGGAACCACUUCACAGUCUUAUCACGAUGGGAUUUUGGAAGUGGUGGGUAUUUAUUCUUCAUUCCAUAUGGCACAGCUACAAGUUGGUAUUUCAACGCCUUUAAAAUUAGGACAAGCUAAAGUGGUGGAUAUUCAUCUGAAACAGAAGGCCCCAAUGCAAGUGGACGGCGAGCCUUGGGAACAGCCCCCCGGUAAGUUGAAAGUGUCGUUCGUCAAUAGGUGUCCCGUACUUAUUAACCAAAAUAGUUCAGAAUAAGUUGUUAUUUGUUUUUAAAUGUUUUAAGUGUCUAUUGUUUGUUUUUUAACCAAGAGGAGUGAUUCAAAUUUACCGCGCCGUAAUGCUUGUUUCUAAUUGGUCCAACCGCAGGCAAGUUUACUCCACUGUUAAUAAAUUUUGACACUAAUGACAUUUAUCAAAUUUUGGCACUUCUGUCAUUUUAUAGGUUAAUUAAGUAUAUCGGCGAUUUUUUGUGUUUUCUGCAUUAUUCCUUUAAUUUGUAGGUUUUUAGUCUACUUUUAUAUAAAAACGUUUGUUUUUAGAACUCUUUAGCGAUGUGUUAGUAUAAUAUAAUAUGUAUGGAUUAUCAUCGAAAGCUGAUAUGAUCAACGAAAAAGAAGAUGAAUUUGGUGACUUUUCUAGUAACUUUCUUGGGUGUGAAUCUGUCUUUUUAGUUUACUCCUCUUGGUUAAAAAAUCAACUAUAGUAAGAUCUAUUUCUUCCUUCACGAGAAUAUCGGAGUAUUAUUUCAUAACUAAAUUGGUCUAGAAUGCAAAUGCAAGAAGAAUUUAAAGCUGUUGUCAAUAAUAAUACACAGGGUGACGGCUUAAAGCCGUUACAGCUUCAUCAAGAACUAAUGUUAGAUGUUAUCGUGUUCGUGAUAAACUACAAACGUGAUGAUUAUAUUAAAAAACGCCCACAAGAAAAAAUCUGAAAAGAGGAUCCUCUUCUUACGGUGCAUAUCCGUUCUGCAUGUGGCAAUCAGCACGGCUAUUCUUACUUUGCUUGCAGCCAUUCGGCAUAGUCCGGUGGUAAACGUAUUGAACCAGGUUUCUUCUGAUGCAAGAAAUAGAUCGAUCUGUUAGAUAAUAGCACUAUUUAUUGUUGUGUUUUUGUCAAGGAAUAAUAAGUUUAAAUAUCUGUUCAGUAUUUCAAAGUGUAUUUUUGUUGAUUUUAAUUGAAUCAGUUGUUACUUAAGAAACAUAACGAUUACCAAUAUCGUUCUUGUAUAUUUCUAGUUUUUUGACAAAUGACAAGGUUAACAGUUUUUUUGUUAAUUUUUCUUACUCUUUUUAUUAUAAUUCGCAUAAAACAGAUUUAGAACAUUCAGCAAACAGUAUAAGCUUGUCUUCUUUAAAUCUAUCGAUGGUACAGUUACGUGACUCAGAUAUAACCAAAUUUAUUGGUUGUAAAAUGUAUGCCACGUGACUGAAAUGGUCGAUUUUGAUUGAAUUUUAAACAUUUGAUUGUAAUUUGUCCAAAAUUGGUUUCAAAGUGUCAUAAGUAGCAACACUUUCAAUAGUAUUAUAAUUUAUUUAUGAUUUUAUAUAUAAAAAUGAUGUAAACUCUUAAUAGAAUCUAUGUGUCUUCUUGAUUCUUUGCGUAAUCUUUUUAUAUGAGAAUAAAGCAAAUUUGACUUUUGUCUUCCUUAAAGUUUUCGGCAUAGACCUAAUCUAUUAAAUUCGAGUCAAAUUAUUGAUCCCUCUUCCAUUUUCUCUUUUAUUCAAAUGUUUUUUUCCGCAAGCAUUACAUUACAUUAAAGUUCAUAUUAUACAUCAUAUCACAUUAUAGUUUGUGGUUUUCAAUUCACUUGUGUAGCAUGUGUUUGAUUCAUCUUUUAACUAAUUUAAUAUACAUUGAUGAGUGCGCUAAUAACCGGCAAACGCAAAAGACGGAAAACAUAAUACGUUGUGAAAUAAAAAGAGAUGAAACUAGUAGAGCUGUGAAAUUAUCAAUAGAAACCUAUAAAUUUACAUUAUAUUGAUAGUUUCCCACCUUUAGACGUAUCGGAGAAAUUUGGCAACUGCACUGGAAUGUUAUAAUUUGGACUUGGAAUUCCAACUUGGAAUUUUAUAAAAUUCUCCUGUGACAGUUUGACGCCGAUACGUCUAAAGGUGGAAAUUUACGUAAAAUAAUACUUAAAACUGUCAAUAUAAUGUAAAUUCAUAGGUCUCUAUUAAUAAUUUCUUACCUCUACUAGUUUCUUCUCUUUUAUUUUACAACGUAUUAUGUUUUCCGUCUUUUCUGUUAUUUUGCCGGAUAUUAGCGCACUCAGCACUGUAUUUAUUGUACCUACAGAAAUAGUUGAUUGAUUUAUUUUUGAAAAUAGGUGUUCUAAAAAUAUCAAUCUCCAAAUUUCAUCUCUUGGAAAUCUUGUUAAACCUUAUGAGAAUGCCAGAACAGAAGAUAACUUCACGUUUCUUAUGAUAUUGGUUUAGAAAGUAAGCUAUAACAUGUUUUACAUUCAAUAAAGUAAGGUUUUUGGAUGUCUGUUAUUUUCUCUAGCUUUGUUAUCUUGUUAUAUCUCAGAAGUUUCGAAUAUUAAUUUAUAAUUAUUUUAUGGUUGAUGGUUGUUCUUAAUAUUUAUUAUAUAUGUGUUUAUAUAAAAAUAUACAUGAAAAAUAAAGUAUCAAAUUGU